GGAGACGAACAUUUAGUUUGAAACGGACACAACAAAUUGAUACAAAAAGUAUUGAACAGAAGAAUGUAAUAACAGAAUUUGAAAGUGGUCUUCUAGCAAAAACGUCAAUGUUAAACGAUGAAUCCUAUCUUGAAGAAAAAGAUUUUGUUCUAAUAUCACAUAUUGAUUGUCCACAAGAUGUAAUUGGUGAUAAUUCUGCCAAUGAAGAUAUGCAUAAACCAUUAGCAGCUAUAGCUCAAGAGAAGUUUCAAAAUUUAAGAAAUCAGAUGAAAAAUACAGUUUCUGUAACAUGGACUAAUAAAGAUAUUUCAUCUCCAUCUCUUACAACAUAUGUUCCAGAUACACAUAUAGCUGAAAAUGCUACAAAAAUGGAAACAAAUCCAAACUCUGUGAUAAAUACUUCUCAGGAUGUUUUCCCACCUCCUCCAUCUCCUAAUAAGCAAAAAUCUCCUAAAAUGUCUUCCAUUCGUCGCAAAAUACAAGGUUCAUUUCGAAUAAAACGAUUAAGUUUAGAUAAUGAGAAAAUUAUAAAUAAUACAAAAAAGAUUUUAGAAUUGGAAACGAAUUGCUUUAAGUGCAAAGAGCUGGAAGGAGCACUCAUUAGUUUGAAAGAUGAUUUGUGUGCUGUUGAAGAUGAAUUGGAAGCAAGUCGUGAAGUUGUGAAAGUAUUACAUCAGCAACUGAAUGAUAUAAUUAUGGAAAAAGAUACAUUAAUUAGGCUUCUUAAAUCAUCAUCAACUCAGGGUGAGAUAGAUAUUUUAACUCAGAAGGAUCAAGAAUUAGCACAAUUAAAUCAUCAACUAGUUAUUGAACAACAAGAAUGUGACAGAUUUCGAAAUAAUAACAAUCGUUUAGAAAAGGAAAUAGAAAAAUUAAAGGAAAAAAUAGCUUUAUUUGAAGAACUACUUGGUGAGAAAGAUAAAAUUGUUGUAAACUUGACAAAUGAGAUUUUUGAUUUGGAAACAGAAAAAAGACAAAAAAGUAUUGAAAACAGAACAAACAGCAAUGAUUCAUCUGAAGAAAGUCAAGGAAAACAGUCAGGAUUUAUAGUUGAACAAGAUGAGAUGGAAGAUCUUCAAGAUGCAUUACAAGCUUUUGAAUUGCAAAACAAAUUUCUUAAUAAAGAAAUCCUUGAAUUAAAUCAGUUAAGAAAGUAUGGAGAAGAAAGAGAACAUAAAUUAAUAGUUAAAUGUAGUGAGUGGGAAGCAAAAUGCUGCCAGAUUCAAAGUAAAUUGUUAUAUUUGUUAAAAGAACUAGAUAAACCACAUUCAGAUAGUCAAACUCAGGAAACUAUACGACGACUUUUGGAUGAAGCUACUUUGGACAAUUCUCGUCCAAAUUCAUUUUACGUAUCAACUUGGGCUAAUAAUAAAGACUACGAUGAUCUUGGUUUUAAUUGGAAAUGGGGUAAAGAAGAAGAUUUAUUAGCAAGCAAAGCUGAAAAUUUGAAAAAAAGAUCUGAAGAUAUAACAAAUAAAAUGAAGGAUUCAGAAAUACUUUCGUGGCGAGUGAAAUGGGACAACUUUAUGGCUAAUGUUAAUACUAAAGAUUUACCGAGAAGUCUUGAACUUAAAAUGUUAAUUCGUUCUGGAAUUCCUCAAGAAUAUAGAGGAAAAAUCUGGAAAAGAUGUAUUGAUAUGAGAGUUGGUCAGUUUAGGUCACAAUGUUGUCCUGAUUAUUAUGAAAACCUUCUUUGUGCAACUGCAAAUCUCAAUAGGCUAGAUCCUGCUGCAAAACAGAUUGAACUGGAUUUGCUAAGAACAUUACCCAAUAAUAGGCAUUAUGAAAAUCUUGACUCUAGUGGAGUACCUCGGUUACGGAGAGUAUUGCUUGCUUAUAGUAGACAUAAUCCAGCCAUUGGUUAUUGUCAGGGUAUAAAUCGAUUAGCAGCUAUAGCUCUAUUAUUUAUGGAAGAAGAAGAUGCAUUUUGGUGUCUUGUUGCUAUUCUAGAAUAUAUUAUGCCUGCUGACUAUUACAGCAAAACACUAAUAGCAUCUCAAGUUGAUCAAAGAGUUUUGAAAGACUUGGUAUCAGAAAAACUUCCUCGGUUAUAUAAUCAUUUGGAUCAGUAUAACAUUGAUUUAUCACUGUUUACUUUCAAUUGGUUUCUUACAAUAUUUGUGGAUAAUGUUCCUGUUGAAAUAUAUUUGAGAAUAUGGGAUGUUUUUUUAUAUGAAAGUAGCAAGGUUUUAUUUCGUUUCUCUUUAGCUCUUUUGAAAAUUUUUGAAAAUGAUAUAUUACGACUAAAUGAUUAUAUGGCAAUAAACAGAUAUUUGCGUAACAUGUUAGAGAAAUCUAUUGAUAUCAAAAGAUUAAUACAAGUAAGUCUUAUUGCAUUUGUAUUAGAUUAAAUGAGGUCUACUUUA